AUGCCGACUUUUCAAGUCCAAUCACAUGUCACUUGCUGCCUUGUGUCAGACAAAACUCUGCUUUUAAAAUGUCAAGGAAUUGAUGGUGUUUAUAUCAGUGCUAUCUAUCUAUCUAUCUAUCUAUCUAUCUAUCUUCUUAAUAUCUAUGUAUGUACGUUUAUAUCUAUCUAUCUAUCUAUCUAUCUAUCUAUCUAUCUAUCUAUCUAUCUAUCUAUCUAUCUAUCCCAGUCUGUUCCUAUCUAUCUAUCUACCCCAGUCUUCUGUUUCUCUCUCUUUUCAACUUUUUCUCUUUAUAUUUUUACUUCUUUCUUUCACUCUCUAUCGAAUACGCAUUCAUUUUAUCCCCCUUUUUCUUUUUCUGUUUCUUUCUUGCUUUUGAUAUUUACGUUCUCUAUGUCUUUCCAGUUUUUCUUUCGUUUGCUCACUUUCUCUUCAUUCUCCCUCUCUCUUAUACACAAACACACACGCAUACACACACACGCUCGCUCUAUCUUUCUGUCGAUUUUAAACUUCCGCUCUCUAUGUUUCUCUUUCGUUCACUAUCUCUUUUACUCUCGCUAUAUCUUUCUCUUUUUCGACAUUUUUAUCUACAUAUCGUUCUUUAUUUUUUUUCCUUCUACGUCUCCACUCGUUCACUAUCUCUCUUACACCCCCUCCUUCUCUCUCUUUCUCGUUUUCCUUCUUCUAUUUUUCUCCUCUUUUUGUUUUCCACUUCCUAUAUUUUUCUUAUUUUCGCUUUUUUUUACGAUUCCUUCCCCCCUGCUCUCUCGCACUCGCUCUCACAAUUCGUUUUCACGUGACGACACAUUUUUUCCAACUCUCUCUCUCUCUCUCUCUUUCUCUCUCUCUCUUUAUCUCUCUCUUUCUCUCUCUCUCUCUUUCUCUCUCUCUCUCUCUCUCUCUCUCUCUCUCUAUCUCUAUCGCGACUGCCCUUGUCUAUAUCAUUCUUCAUGCGUCUCUCCACCGGUUUCUUCGACGACCAAACUUCUCAUUUUCCCCAAACUGCCAAUAGUUAAUUAA